AUGACAGCCGCAGAGAUCCCAAAGACAAUGAAGGCCGCCCAGGUCGUCGAGUUCAACAAACCGUACGUAAUCAACACCGUACCGGUCCCAACUGACCUCGGACCGCUUGACAUUCUCGUCAAAAUCGCCGUCGCGUCUUACUGUCACACGGACACCGUGGUCCAGAUGGGUUACCUGCCGGUCGGCCUCCCUCUCACCGCAUCUCAUGAAGGCUCCGGCACCGUCGUAGCUGUUGGUUCGUCCGUCACAAACUUCAAGCCGGGCGACCGGGCCAUGUGCGGAGUGCCGCUGGGUUUGUGCGGCGAGUGCGCCGAAUGUACCGGCCCUGAAAACUACACGCAUUACUGCACGAAACAGAAGGGCAUUCUCGGCAUUCAGGUCGAUGGCUGUUUUGCCGAAUACGUCCGGGCUGAUUCGCGGACCAGUGUCCUCAUCCCUGGUUCCGUUUCAUUGUUGAGUGCUGCACCACUGGCUUGCGCCGGACGGUCGGCCUGGAGGGGGGUGCUGCAGGCUGGGCUGGAGAAGGGGCAAUGGCUCGCCUUUGUCGGUUCCGGCGGCGGAUUAGGGCACCUGGGGAUACAGAUGGCAAAGGAUCUCGGGUUGCGCGUUAUUGGCAUUGACGUCCGAGAUGAAGGACUGGAGCUGUCAAGGAAGAGCGGCGCAGAUGUUGUCCUUGAUGCGAGAGAGGGGAACGCCGAAGUAGUUAGCAAGUUGCAGGAGGCGACUGGCGGCGUGCUUGCAGAUGCGACUGUCAACCUGGCUGAUGCCGAUCAAGCUGCUGGGUUGGCUUGCGCGGUAACGAAGAUGCAUGGCACGAUGCAUCAGCUUGCCCAGCCGGCCGAAGUAAAGAUCCCUUUCAUGGAGCUUAUACUGCGGAACAUCAAGGUUAGGGGUAGUCUGACUUGCUCGCGUGGGGAGACGGUGACUAUGGUGGAGCAUAUUGAGAAGCAUGGCAUCAAGCUCGAGAACAACAUCUUUCACGGGCUCGACAAAAUCCAUGAGGCUCUUGAACUGGUCCACAGCGGCAAGAUUAGCGGCAAAGCAGUCAUUAUUGUGGACGAGGAGCAGGUGGAAAACGACAAAAAGACUGGGACCAAAUAUUAA